CCAUAUAAAUACACUGUAGCCUCUAUUUGAUAUCGCUAUUCGCAAUACGCGAUGCUUUCGAGUUACGGGGCCCAGGUUAGCAGUAUAUCAACAGACAGACUUGACAGGCAACGAACCGACCUUGGCGGCUUUGUGGUCUUGCAGUAGUCUAUCCUGCAUUUUAUACAGCCCACCAGGACGUCUAGAAGUUUUAUGAGACAGGAUAGCUCUAGGGAGAAGAGGCUUAAUAUACUGUUAACAUUUAGUAACAUUUAUGAUUGUGUGAUCUACAAGUACAUGUACCGUAUCGCUGUCCUUCUGUAGUGGACGAAGAAUAUCGGCACUGGGGCCCUAUUUGCAGAACAAAGGUGAAGGACAUACUUCCCAGUCACCAAUGAAUCAGUCCGUCAUGAGCGACUCGUCUCCCACUGUUAGGCUGCCAAAUCUGGCUCUUGCUUCAUCUAUACAGUCUCUGCCCCACGUAGGCCUACCUGCGGCCCCAACCCAGGAUAACAAACAAGAUGACAACGUGAGAUCACUACGUGACGACGUGGACGGUGGCUGGUCUUGGGUUGUCAUGGUAUCGGUGGCAUUCACGUUUUUCAUAAGCAAUGGUUACGGGUACACGUUUGGCGUGUUUUAUCUUCCUAUUCUGGAAACAUUUGAAGAAGGGGAAACGAUGACAUCAGUGGUGGGAUCGAUCUAUAUAGGACUAUCACAACUCGCUGGUAUACUAGCCAGCGUCCUCUGUGACAAGAUAAACUGUCGUAUGACGUGUAUUAUCGGGUCUGUGGCGACCGCGGUGGGACUGGGCUGCAGCACUUUUGCCACUAGCUGUACCUUUCUCAUAAUUUCAAUGGGAAUUAUCGCAGGUUCGGGUCGCACUCUCAUGUACACGGCCUCACUCAUCAGUUUGUCCUACUAUUUCAAUGUCAGAAGACCGUUCGCCAUCUCCAUGGUUCACGUUGGAUCAAGUCUAGGACAACUCGUUUGGGGGCCGCUCUCCCACUUCCUGUUAGAUGUCUACAGUUGGCGGGGGGUCUGCCUCAUCCAAUCAGCGUUCAGUUUACAUGCCGUUGCGAUGGGAAUAUUGCUGCGGCCGCAUAAAUAUGAACAGCAGCAUAGAGAGCACUCGGGCCGAGAGAAACAUGGGUUCAGUUUAGCGCUGUUGAGAGACAGGUCAUUUGUCCUGCUUAUACUAAACUUCACUUGUGUAACGACCGUUACGGGCAUGUUACUGGUUCAUUACGUACCGUACUGUGUCCAAUCCGGAACUUCAGAACACAAAGCCGCGGGACUGCUCUCCGUUAUUGGCAUCACAAGCCUCGUUCUCAAACCCCUUGUGGGCGGGGCCACGACAUACCCGGAUAUUGAUUGCUUCACUUUAUGUACAAUGUGCCAGUCAAUCGUUGGAAUAGGGACCUUGCUUUUGCCAUUAUUCGUGGGUCAGUAUAUUGGGCAAUUUUGUUAUGCUGUGUUUUUUGGUAUCUAUACUAUACCUUUCUUCAUAGGGGAUACUGCCAUUAUGGCGGAGACGGUGAAGACGGAGUACCUUGGGACUGCUAUGGGUGUGCUAGUGUGUGCCAGUGGGAUUGGAUUCGCCUUCGGCCCUCUACUAGGAGGUCUGAUAUUCAGCCUUACGGGAGCCUACGCCAAGGCGAUGCAAACAGCAGGUGGCAGUCUUCUUGCAAGUACUUUACUCAUGUUCCUAGUCAAGGUCAAGGUCAAAUGCACAGAAACGAGACCGGGUAGCACAACAUCUGUGGAUGACGUAGAGCUGGAAAAAGAUCCCAAUAAUUCCGAUUAAAUAAACCGCUUUUGGUUGA